CGUACACCCAGAAAUACGAGACAAACCAACAAUUCGAGAAGAACCGACAGAGCUGGUCCAAGUCGUUCUCUCGUUCGCCCUGUCUUUCAUCUUAAACACCCGUACACACCAUUUUACAGGCCCUCGCUCUCUUUUGACGGCCGUUGUUGGCCGCAGCAUACAUACCGACACAGGGAGGUAUAAUUAAGCUUUGAAAAUCGCACACCAUGUUGGGCAAUCCCUUCGUCAACGCCGAACCCUCCACCGCCUCCUUUGCAUCCAACAACCCUUUCCGUGCACGCACAACCACCGCACCCCCCAUCCCCGCCCCACGCUCCGUAAGCCCCGACAAGCGAGGCGUACAACCCCCUCCUCGCCCGAUAUCCCGAAACCCCUUCCUCGACAUCCCCGCCGAUUCUCCACCGCCUGCUCGACGACCAUCGACCGCAGGCGACGAUGUCAACAGUCUCACGAGCUCAUUCGCCAAGACGAGCAUGUUGGUGGAUUUGAACGAUGCUCCCCCGCCUCCGCCGUACAGCUCUGGAUCUGGAAAGGAGAAGGAGUUUAGAGAUGAGAAGCGUGAGUUGAGGGAGCGGGAUGAAAGGGAAAGGAGGCUUGAGCGACCGCACCAUUCGUCUAGGAGCAGGAGUGGAGUCGAGGCUGGUGAUAGGGAGAGAUACAGGGACCGCGAAGCUAGGGAGCGCAGUGAGCGCAUUGAGAAGAGUCGUCCCAGGGAGCGCUCCGAACGCGAGAGGAAUGAACGCGAUCGCGACUACGACCGUCAUCGCUCUGACCGAAGCAGGCGUGUCGAGGAGGUCAUGGCAUCCUCCCGCCCCCGUCAGCGUACGCGCUCGAACUCCGAGUCUUCGGUUACUCCCCGCAAAUCGGAUAUGUCGUCCGAGAAGGACAGGGAUCGCGAACGUGAACGUCGUAGGCGCGAGAAAGAGCGCGAAGCUCGCAAGGACGGUAAGACUGGAUCCAGUGCCUCUCGCAAAAAGGGACCUGUGUCAUCCUUGGAUAAGAUCGAUCGUUUGGAUGUGACGGGUAUCUUUGGAAGCGGUACUUUCCACCAUGACGGACCCUUCGAUGCGUGUCGCCCGUCUAGGAACAAGAACGGCACGAAGGCUCCUGUUCUUGCGUUCCCUGAGAACUCGACCUCUAACUCUCUCAACUUCCGCGACGCGCCUCAGACUGUUUCUGCCACGGAGGCGUUCAUGGGUAAGCACCACCACGGUGAGGCUUACAACGACUUCUCGUCGUCCGCUCGCCUUACGCAGCCGUUGACGUCCAAGUUACGCCCUACGCUCGGUACGCGUGGACAGAGUUUCGACCCUACUGCUCAGGUAGAACCCGUCUACGGCGAAACUACCGAAGGUCUUGGCCCCACCACUUUCCUCGAGGGCACACCCGCUCCUCGUACUGAGGCUCACCGCAAGUACUCCGAUGAAGGCGGUGCCGCGAGCAACUUCCUCCGUCCUCGCUCCGUGUCGUCGAACAACGCCCUCGGCGGUAACACGAGUGGUUUAGGUAGGAAGAAGUCCGUGAUUCAGAGGUUGAGGGGGUUGAAUGCGAGGAUGAGGGAGGAGUAUGAGGCGCAGACGUCUCCUGCUAUCUUGUCGCCUGGCGGAGGUAUCACGAGUCCUACGGGUUCGUCUGCCUCGAUCAGGGAAGAGCCGAACGUGUUCUCGCAGCAGUUUGAGUCUGACCCCGCGAGGAAGGAGACCUCGAUCCAGUUCGACAAUAGGCCGAGCCCGACGAGCUUGCCUAGUUCUCCGGCCGGUGAGAGGGCUGGACAGGGAGAUUACUUUGCUGGACAGGGAGUAAAGGAGAAGAAGGGUGGAGGCGGAUUGUUGAGCAGGGUUAAGAGUAUUUCGAAGAAGAGGAGGGAGUGAGUAGACACAUAU